AUGUCUCGGCACUCCCCGUUGCACCAGGAGGAUGCCAGCAUGGACUCCCAAAUAAGCCCAUACAGCCAUCAUGUGUCUUCGUCUCCGUUAACAUUCCCGACCCGUCAAGUCGAACCCAGUAUCAAGUAUGGUGGCAAUGAUACAUCUACACAUAUUAUCAACGGGGUGUACGGGACGGAUUGGAGCUACGACACUGUUGCCAGAUACCAAGCCAUUCAGUCGGGGGGCCACAACGACAAUGCGAGAGCUGGUGGCACAGCCUUCGCCCUUCGUCGAGAGCACAACUACCUGGAUCACAUACCGUCUGCAGGCGGAGUAGAGGACAGUUACUCGCGCUAUAUAGAGUGGCCAUAUCAUCCUACUGGCGAGUGUCUACUUCACAAGGCUGUGUGCUCGAGUACAAGCGGCGAUGGAGAAGCGGGUAGUCUCUCUCCCGUGCCCUACCCGGCCAACAUGCCUCAGGUACCAGGUUCGCCCAAUAUCUGUCAUCCUACCAUACAUCUCCCACCUCCUGUCCCUGUGCACACACAACUAGCAUCGAAGACGGCUGCUCACAGCCCAGCACGGUUGCCACAUCCACGAGAUGGCCCUUUACUGACACCAUCCGUGGCCGUGGCCGGCCAGAUUAACCCUGUCGACUCACUCGAAGUGCUGCGUGCAGAUGUUGGUCUCACCCCGGAUCAGCCGCUUAGCCUACUUUCUCUCCCUGACCGCACCGACGAUUGUAAGCCGGAGUACAGCUACCAUAUCCUCAUCAAAUUGGCAAUUCUCGGAAGUCUGCGGCAGCGUCUUAGCCUUCAGGAGAUUUAUAAAGCGCUGAGGGAGCGGUUUAAAUGGUACAAAGAACACAAGGAUGACAAGAUGUGGCAGGGCUCGAUUCGUCACCAGUUGUCGUUAAGAGACUGUUUUGUGGCUGUCCGGAAGCCUCUGCGCGAUCCUGGACACGGCUUUGAGUGGAUCGUCGACUACUCCCGGGGAGAUGGAAUUAGGAGGGGCAGGAAAAGAAAGUCCCGCGGCGAAGAUCCUUAUCCUCCUCCCUUGGUCACCGGCUCAUGCCCUAUCCAGAAUCAUGUCUCGUCAAUUCAAAUCCAGGAUCUCCAGACUGACCCGACCUUGAGAAACACUCACGGGAAUAAGCGUCGACGUCUCUGA